GCAUCGGUGUUAUGAAGAAACAUAAGUGGAUGUAUGUUGUGGUCGAUGAGGGACACAAACUCAAGAAUAUCAACUGCCAGUUGUCCCGCAUUUUGAGACAAAUAAGUUCCAAGAAUCGCGUAAUACUGACGGGAACUCCACUUCACAACACUUUGGCCGAACUCUGGGCUCUUCUAAACUAUGUGUCGCCCGAGAUCUUCAAUGACUGGAAAAUCUUUGAAGACCUGUUGACCACGAACUCGAGUAAUCAACAGAUCAUAGAACAGGAGAAGCAAAAUAAGAUUAUAUCAUCGAUUCAUCAGAUUUUAGCGCCAUUUAUGUUGAGGCGAACCAAACCCGAAGUGGGACUCGAUUUGCCGCCAAAGAAGGAGAUCCUAGUCUACGCGCCCUCCACGCCAUCCCAACAAAUCCUAUACGAAUGUGCCGUCAAUUUAGUCAAAAGUGCAAAAGAGCAAAAGAGCGAUAAGUUUACACUGGAGUGCAGUGUAAUUGACGGCCGAAAGCGGCGCAAAAGUACCAAAAUUAUUGAUUACAAACAGUAUUACAAGGAUUUCGAUGAGUUGUACGACGAGGAGAGCUAUACUAGUCUUAUAGCCGAUGAGAGUGUGAUAGAGUUGCCCAAAGAGCUGGUGGGCAGUCGUCAGGACAAUCAGUACGUGUCGUUCGGGCGAUUCAAUCGCUACAAUAUACUGAUGCAAAUGCGCAAAAUCACAAACCAUCCCUAUCUCGUCCAAUGGCCGUACGAUCACCGGAAGGGCCGUCUUGUGGUCAACGAGGAUAUCGUCCGCACGUCCGGCAAAAUGCGAGCCCUCGACGAACUCCUGCAGCAGCUCUAUGUCCGCAAAAAUCGGGUCAUUUUGUUCUCACAGAUGACUAAAAUGUUGGACGUUAUCGAAGAGUAUUGUCAUUACCGGAAGUAUCAGUUCUUGAGGUUCGACGGAUCCACUAAAUUGGAUGAACGGCAACAGUAUAUCAACGAAUUCAAUACGAAUGACCAGAUUUUUAUGUUUUUGGUGUCCACACGAGCCGGUGGUUUAGGUAUCAAUCUGUGCGGCGCCGACACCGCUAUUAUAUACGACUCCGAUUGGAACCCACAGAUGGAUCUUCAGGCACAGGACAGGUGUCACCGAAUCGGACAAUCGAAACCAGUGAUUGUGUACCGAUUAGUGACCGCCCAUACCAUCGAUGAGAAGAUACUGCAGACGGCCAAUAGUAAACGCAAAUUAGACAAAAUGAUUAUACAAAAGGGACAGUCGUUCCGGGCAUCCAAUCAACAAAACGGUGACCAACAACGGACUCUCACUUUGGAUGAGUUGAUCAAAAUCCUGGAGUCAACUGAUUUCAAAGCCAUUUAUAACUAUUCGACCGAUAAGUUAGAGUCCGAUCGACUCUAUUCCGAUGAAGACCUCAAGAAAAUGUUGGACAGAGAGUGCAGUGAAGAACUCAUUGAAAUUGGCUCUCAGUUUAAUAGAUCUCAAGAAUAG